AUGCCCACUUACUAUGUCAACCCUUUCGGCCUCGAGACCCCCACGACAACAAACGCUUACCCCAGCCUUCCCUCAACAAUCUUGCCUGAUUCCCCUGAGUUGGACCUGCCUCACAUGGAUACGCGCAGCAACACCCCGGACGGUGACACCCAAUUGAGGGUUGAUGACAUCCCAGGUUACAAAGGACUUGCUCUCGGCUGGCAGGGAAAACUCAUGAAGGUUUUGGUAGCAUUUAAGCUAUAUGUUGUCUCAAAGAAUAAGAAAAAGGAGAAGACCUGGGUCCCAUGCGCCUCGACUUCUGAAUUCCCGGUCGAUGUAACGUUGGGUGUGACCGAUUUCGAUCAGUUCAGAGAGCUUGUGGCAGCUGCUUGCAACGUUCACUUCAAGAGCACGGGUGGGAUCAUUCGCGAAUCAAUCGAGGAUCCAGUUCGCAUGCCCUUGGCGUGGUUGGUAAGCAUCCCUCGGGUCGAUGAAUGGAAGAAGAGCGACAAGGUCAAGAUGUCGGACCCUUCCGACUAUCAAGACUGGCUUGUUGCUGCCUUCCGUGCGGGGAAGAAGAGUGUUGGCUUGGACAUCAAGAUGCCCGACCCCGCCGAGGCGAAACGACGGGCCAAGAAGGAGGACCUCCUUGCGAAGCGAGAGGCUCGAGCGGCGGCGGUGAAGGCGUCGGCUUCCAAGAAACGCAAGUCUAAGAAUGGUCGUGGAGGGAGCGGUGGUGGUGGGGAUGGUGGAGGCGGCGGUGGGGGCGGACCCGAUGGAGGUGGAGCGUCUUCGGAAGUCAGCUCAGAUACCGACAACUCAGGCUCUGAGAUUGAUGCGGACGAUUUCGACGACAUCAACUUCCACAUGCGAUCAAUCUACCGGGCCCAUCCAACCAAUGUCGCUUAUGAUCGGCUCAUCCCGGUUUACAUCGACCCAACCAACCCGCGACGGUACAUCUUGUUAUCGACCGCCGCAGUGCAGACUUGGGCGAAAGACCUGGUAUGUCCAGUCGCCAAUAUCCUCGUUGAUCACUGA